GUCGUCCUUUUCGACGUCGCGCCUCACGCGGGCAAAAUGCCCCGUCGCUUCUGCUCCGUCAUCCUCAAUCAAUACAUAGUACCACUUUCGAUUCAUUCUCAUUCAACGUCCUUUCAUCAAGACCCUUCUAUAUUGGUCAAUUUUUUGUCGCCAUACCUUCUGCUCAAAUACUUUGCUGUCGCUUUAUACUUUGCAUUACUUGGAACCCUUCGAAUACCUUCCAUUACGAAUGAUACCAUCCCGCGAUCCUUCGCUAAGACAUUGACGUAGGAACCGAGUUUAGGAUUAGACCAAGGUGGUAGAAAGAGGAGGGGGAAAAAAGAGGAAGAAUUAUAUACUGCUGUCAAUCAACAAAUAGACAGACGUUCAAGGAAUAACGUCAUGAUGCAACCACCAAAUCCCGCUCAACGAUCGUUACAACGUCGGUCUCCUGGACCUGACAGUGGUCCUCCCUCUGGUCUUCCUACCCGAUCCAUGUCACCAGCGGGUAUGCAGCCACGCUCGUCCACAGCUUCGAGUAGAUCAGCCGGAAGUUCAAGGCGCAAUCAAUCUAACGGAGCAUCCAUGCCACUUUCGCAAAUAGAGAAGAGUGUCACACACCUUCUGGUUGCGACAAAACAACUACUCGAAACCUUGACACAAUGGUCGCGUGGCCAGGCUACCGACACACAAGUGUCCGACGUCUAUGUUAGAUUGGGUUAUGAGUUUAAUAUGGCCUGUCGCGCAUUUACUGCCAUCAACGUAGACACAUCAGACCUCGGAAACGUGCCAGAGAACCUCAGGCAUAUUUUAGAGGCCACUUUAAGUCAGGAAGCGAACACAGAAAGUCUCGAGAAGUAUUUACCGCGCAUACGAGAUAUCAUCAUACACCUUCUACACGGUCUGAAACGGAAACAGCAGAAACUUCGACAGAAGCAGACUCGCGAUAAGGACGGCGGCAGUUCACCCGAAUCUAGUGGAAUCGCUAACCGUACUAUGAGCAGCAGUACCACUGGAAGCAGUAAUACUGGCCUUACAUCCCUUUUGAAUGAAGGACUUGAGAACGGAUACACCACACCACCACAGAACGAAAGAAUGCCACAACCACAGCAGAGCGAAAUUUCCUCAGGAGCCAGUCAAUCAUCGCCUAACCGGCGGCUUUUACCCCGAGACCAGUCAGGUGCUUCCUUUAACUCUGAGCAAUCUUCCAUGUCGAGCAAUACCAUGCAGAACAUUCCCAUACUUGCACCAUACCCUGGCGAUGAAGCCACAAUACCCAGCAACCCUUCGACGAUGGGCAGCUUUGACAUUGAUUCUUUUCCUCCUCCCCCGCCACCCCCGCCGAAGUCACAGCAAAGUGCUUUCGCUGCUUUGCAAAGAGGUGGUGAUCUAGAAAGAAGAGCGUCGCGGAGAUACUCGGCCUACCAGAUUUCCAAACACUUGGGCGCACCAACCAAUGGUGUACCCAUGUUGCCCACACAGAAUACGCCCAUACCAAACCGAGGCCGCGGAGAAGUGAGAGAAUCAAUGCGAGCAGUCCAAAUACGAGAGUCCCUACGACAUAGUCGCAAUACAUCCAGUAAAUCAAACAAUGGGUACGAGCCAUCUUCUCCAGUCAGGGUUCCUAGCAAGGUUGCUGAGGAAGGCCUCCGGACUGAUUUACCACCCCCACAAUCGGGUAGUCCGCCAGCUCAGUCACCGGAUGAAAAGUACAGACCUAGGGCUACCCUGUCAGGACCCUUGGGUGAUGCUUUUCCAAUCACAAGCGCCCCGGGCUCGCCCGACAAGAUGAAGCCAAAAGUGGACAUUACGGUAGAGCCUAGGUCGCGACCUCAAACUCCCCCGGAAAAACAACAGAAGCAACCAGAACAAAACCAAUCGCCCCCAUUAGAUAAGGAGCUUACCUUGUUCCUGCAAUAUAAGUCGAAAGUGAAGAAAUUUGUUCUUCCCGAGGGGUAUACUGGGUUGACAAUCGGACGUUUACAGCUGGCUUUCAUUGAAAAGUUUUCCUGGAACACCGCACUGAAUGGUAGCGAUCUUCCGGAAAUCUAUAUUCAAGACCCUAUUUCCGGAGUACGUCAUGAGCUUGAGGACCUCUCUGACAUCAAAGACCGCACAGUUCUCGCACUAAACGUCGAGCCCCUUGAUGAGGUCAAGAAGCACUUCGAUGAGGGCAUGGGGGCUCUCAAGAAGGCGGUGGACGAAGUGCGACAGAACAUCAAUGAUCAAGGGUCAGCCUUACAGCGAGUGUCGGAAAGGCAACUGGAAUCGGCCAAAGAGAUGGCUCGUAUGGCAGCGGCGCCGCCAGCAAUCAUGGACGCUGCUAGGUCUGGUGGAGUUGGUCCGGAUGCUAAGCUCAACCCCAACCAGCUCAGGGAUCUACAUACUCUGCGCCGUGAUCUUGCUGUGUUGCGGCAGACAUACUCAAAUUUCCAGACGGAGAUUCAGAACUCCAUGUCUUCAUUGCGAGGCAAGGCAUCCAACGUGAGGGUGGCAGUGGCGAAGGCCUCGGUGCAUGAUGUAGAAGGCGACUCUGGCUACUCAUACGUAACGAGAGGCCGAAAACAGCUCAACACAGAUUCGGACCGCCUUGUCACCAAAGUCGAUGAUCUUCAAGACCUUGUUGAAGACUUGCGCAAGGACGUGGUUAAUCGCGGCGUAAGACCUUUGCCACGUCAACUCGAGGGCGUAUCUAAGGAUAUCCAAAUAUUAUCCCAAGAGCUGAAGAAGGUGCAAGAGUACAUGAAGCGCGAGAAGCCAGUCUGGACCAAGAUUUGGGAGAAGGAGUUGGAAGAAGUUUGCCAGGGUCGCGACGAGCUUAAACUUAUGGAAGAUCUCAUGGUGGAUCUUCAGGACGACAUUGAAAAGGCCUCGGAGACGUUUGCGCUAGUGGAGCAGGCUACCAAGGAACAGAUGAAGGAGACCGUGCCCACGGCAAGGCAGUUCUCGAAAGGCUUAAACAGUCUCGGAAAUAGUGUUGAUCCCACCGCAUCUAAAGAGGGUGUUUUAGGCGAGGUCAGGGCGCUACAACCGAACCACGAAGAUCGACUAGAAGCUAUAGAACGCGCAGAGAAGCUACGGCAGAAAGAGCUGGAGAGUCGGCGAGAGAACCCCCUCACGAAGGAGUUGACCACUUUUGUUGGCGAAGGGAAGCUCAAGAAGAGUGGCGGGUUUGAGGAGGUAGAGAGGGCAAGGAAGGCCAAGGACGACCGAAUACGACGAGAAGUUUGGGAACGAAUGAACGGUCUGAUACCCGAAGAACCUGUCGGAGAGGGAGCUGCCGCAGAGGAAACUGUCGAGACGGAAGAAUCGGCAGAGGUUCCGGAAGGCGACGGUAUAUAAGUUGUAUGCUGCAGGUUCACUCAUAAGACAUCCCUAGUGUGUGCUUCUGUUUUUUUCCUCUGGCGGGCUUUUUUCCCCCCGCCAACCCCCCGCUUGUUUUUUUCCUUUGUGCUGUUACGUGUUUACCCUCAUCAUAGCCUGGGACCGGCCUUCGAGAGUACUUGAGAUAUUCCCUUGCUUUUGCUUGCUUGUUUCUGCUUGCUUGCUUGUUUGUAUGUAUGUAGUACUGUAUGUACCCACUUUAGCCUCUGGCGUUCAGGAAGGCGGGAGAGGAAGAGGAAGAGAGUAGGGCACGGCGGUUUAAGCAACUCCGCCAUACAUAGGUACUACGCAAAUGAAGGAUGGUUAUUACGUUUUUUUUAAAGUCAUUAACCGUUCAAUGUUUAUUGAGUUAAGUAAGUCGUUGGUGGCUGUGGUGGUAUGCCUAGGUUACUACCUAAGUAGGUACGUAAAAAGAUGAGUUUGAGGGCUUGCGGCUCGUAAAUAUAGGGAGGUAGGCAAGACGAGGGGAGGCGAAGUCGUAGAUUUAAGCCUGAAAUAUAACCUAGAUAUAUACCUACCUACAUAUACAUUGGCUUGUUUGAGUUUGUGUGUGAAGGGUUGUGAGUUGAUAGGUAGUUGUAUGGCCUAAUAUGAGAUAUUCUGACCUGAA